AUGUCCAAGCCUACUAUCGUGUUCGUUCCAGGCGCUUGGUCCACACCAGACUGUUUCGACAUCACCCGCGAGAAACUGCACCAGCGCGGAUGGGAAACUGAGGCUGUGGCGCACCCAUCCGUAGGAGCGGAGCCUCCCAACAAAGGCCUUGCAGACGAUGCCGCGGCGCUGCGCUCCACCUUGCAAAGGCUUGCUGAUGAUGGCAAAGAUAUUGUCCUGCUCGUGCACUCAUAUGGGGGUUUGGUCGGACAAAACGCCGUCGAGGGUUUGGGCUACAAGCAGCGGCAGGCAAUGGGUAAAAAAGGCGGUGUCAUUAUAUUGGUUUACCUUGCUGCUUUCGUUGCCCCAAAGGGAGCCACGAUCAAAGCCAUGCUUGGUGGCCAAUUCUUACCCUGGAUGAAAUUUGAUGGUGACUACUGUUACGCCACUGGGGCAGAAGUAAUCUGCUAUCACGAUCUAGAUGAUGAAGCACAGAAGGCUGCCGUUGCAAAGCUCAAGCACCAAUCAGCACGCAUUUUCACUGACGAGGUCACUUAUGAGCCGUGGCACGAGAUCCUUUCGAUGUACUUCUUCUGUGAGGCCGACAAAGCGCUUCUGCUACCUAUACAACAGCAGAUGGCACAGAUGCUAGGUAAAGAUGCGCCGACUUUCAAAUCAGUUGGGGCGCAUUCGCCUUUUCUAAGCCAGCCCCAGGAGGUCGUUGAAGGUCUGGAGUAUGCGGCCAAGGUUGGCCAAAGUAAAAAAUAG